UUUUGGGUGUGUGGGUGCCUUGGAAACAGGACACCCAGAGAAGAUCCUUUGAUGCAAAGGUGAGCCAAGGAAAACCAACGUUAAAAGGCAAAUCAUUCAUGAUUUAACCCCACCUAAUUCUUCUUCUCUUUAUACUGUUACAGAUCUUGAUGGGAAAAGUAGCUCCACCCUUGUAACUCAAUCCUCUCUAAGGGAAUCCCAUGUUAUUUCUCACCACCAACCUCUGUUUCUUUAGCUUAAAGUUUUCUCCUCUGUUUUGAUUAAUCUGUUAGUGCGGUAGCUCUCAAAAGUGGUUAGUGGAGAGUAAAGAUGGAUGUUAUUAGACGAAGAGCUUCACCUAGGAAUGGUGUUGUUGCGGGCUCUGUUUGGGAGAGUAGAAUGAAGAGCGAUGAAGUCAAAGGUGGGAUCAAGGUCUUCAAUGGCGAGGAGGUUUCUGAGGUCGUCGGCGGCGGCGGCAGCGAUAAUGGGCAUAAUAUUUACCGGCGGUUGAAGCGGAAUCAGAAUGGUGGAGUGGCUGGGAAGAGGAAGACGUGGAAUGAGAGAAGCCCAUUUCAGAUGAGGAAGACGAGAUCUGAAUUGAAAAAAUUAAGCAAUGAGUCUUGUAAGGAGUUAACCGUGUCGGUUGAUUCAAUUGAGAAAAACCCAACUCAGAUUAGGAAAACAAGAUCAGAAACGCAUAGAGUUUCUGAUGAUUCUUGUAAGGAGCUUGGUGUGUUUGAUGAUGUAAAUGAAAAAAGCCCAAUUGAGUUAAGGAAGACCAAAUCUGAUUCUUAUAGUGUCCUUGCUGAACCAUCUAAGGAGCUCCAGAUUAGCACUGUGAAGACCAUGUCGCGUAGCGUAAGCAAUGUGAGUCAGGUAAAUUCUCCUCAAAGAUUAGGGGUGGAUGAUGAUGGUAUUGAUGCUGAUGGAGAAGAUGAAGGAGAAGAUGAAGAAGAUGAUAUGGAAAUUGAGGUAGAGAAGAAAAGCUAUGACGUAAAGGAAGUCAACAUAGCAGAAGAGAAACCCAUUAGCAUUUCACAACAGAAACUCAAAGAAGUAGAAGAAGGAGAAGAAGGAGAAGAAGAAGAAGAAGAAGAAGAGAAGAAGGUUUACCAGAUUCCUGAAAACCCAAUACCCAUCUCAGAAAAUGUGAAUGAGAAGUCAUCUCCGGUUAUAGAUCGCCCGGUAAUUGAUCUACCAAAACCCAAGAAGGUUCUGAAUGAAGAGAAGAGAGUCCAUCAGAUACAUCAAAAACCCAAACGCAUCUUUUCGAAAGUGAAUAAACAGCCAAGCCCAGUUAGUAUUACUCCUCUAAUCGAUCCUUCUCUCAGAAAACCACCUCCAAUUGCAGUUUCAGAGGUGUUCGACCGAAGUCCAGAGAGAACCCCAAACAAUUUGCAAAACCUCGUGGAUUUGGUGAUGUGGAGAGAUGUAUCAAAAUCAGCUUUUGUAUUUGGAGUUGGAACAUUCUACCUGCUCUCUUCUUCUUUCACCAAAGAUCUCAAUUUUAGCUUGAUUUCUGCAAUUUCCUACAUGGGUCUUGUCUAUCUUGCUGCAAUCUUUUGCUAUAAAUCAAUUCUUUGCAGGGGAGCUACAGAUAUGGAUGAUUCAAACGAGGAAUAUAUAGUGGGGGAACAAGAAGCAAUUUGGGUACUAAAAUUUAUCCUUCCUUACUUGAAUGAGUUCCUGUUGAAGCUCAGAAGCAUCUUCUCUGGCGACCCUGCCACUACAAUGAAGCUGGCGGUUUUGCUGUUUGUUUUGGCGCGUUGUGGAAGCUCCAUCACCGUGUGGAAGAUGGCAAAAUUGGGUUUCUUCGCAGUUUUUACUGUCCCAAAAGUUUGUUCUUCGUAUUCUAACCAACUCACUGCUUACGGGAAGUUUUGGAUCGGACGGUUUCGGGACGCUUGGAAUUCGUGCACUCACAAGAAAGCCGUUGCAGCUGCCGUUUUUACUCUGGUGUGGAAUUUCUCUUCCGUUGUAGCCCGUGUUUGGGCAGUAUUCAUGUUGGUUGUGGCCGUUCGAUAUUAUCAACAGUCAUUAUUAAGCGAGGACUGGGGAGUGGAAAGAGAAGAUUCCGGUUGGAGGGAAGGAGGAGAAUGUGGGGAACAGAGACAAGAACAUGAUGGGCCCACUACUAUAGUGAAAGAGAAGAAAGGAUGCUAAAAGACCCUAGCUAGGGAAUAAUAAUAAUAUGUCAUGGAUAUGAAACACAUUGCGCACGUUAGUUGUCAACAGUAC